GGAACCGUAUCUUUUUUUUAUUUUUUAAUUGGACGAAUUGCAAAACGAUUGGAUUUUAAUUCCUUCAUUAUGAGACUCUUAUUCUUGCAUUUUAUUAAAUCUGCUGAACCAUCAUAUGGUGAAUCUCGUCAGAUAUCGCCAAAUACUGGUGAAUAUGAUCAAUCUUCGGCAGACUUAAAGGCCGAUAAUCCUAUAAAAAAUGCAACCAAUCUAAGUUUUAUUGGACCGUCUUGGAAAUUGCCAGCUGCUGCUUCAACAAAAGCUGAAAAUAAAGAUGAUGCAAGGAUUACCGCCGAUAAAACUAGUUUUCCAACAAAUGAUUGUAAUAUCGACGAAAUGCCAGAAUUUGGCAGAGAGUUUAAAUGCUUUCUUCGUCUGUUUGUUCGAGGUGAGCUAGAAGUCUUCCAACGUUCAGAUGGACAGAUCGAAUUCAAACAAAAGAAAUUUCAGAGCAUUGGUGAUUAUCUGCUUCUGAUCCUUGUGAUGAUGGGGGCAGUUUCUACUCUUGCUGUCGGUUCGUAUUAUAUCAACCGUUGUCCCGCAAACUGGCUUCUGCCGUAUCUCGUUCUUUUAAUAGGAUUAAUGGGAACAAUUUUCACGUUUUAUAUCAUUUCAAAUCUACGUGGAGGGUACUUUAAAAAUCCUGAAAAAGUGGAAAUUGUGGGAAAACUAUUUUACUGGUACCUAGGGAUGGCUCUACUGAUUGAAAUCCUCCAGUUUUUCCACAUGUCUGUUUCUUUUGAUGUUUCAUCAGAGAAUUAUUGCAACGAGUGGUUUUAUUUCUAUGCCGGUUUCCUGAAUAUGAUUUCAAUUGCAUCGUUCAAUAUUUUAGCUUUGACAAAAAUUAUCCAACUAUUAUGGCUAUACUUGAACUUCACUCGCAAGAAUUCACAGCGAACUUGAGCUUUAAGCCAACAUCUGACUUUGUUACUUUUUUUACGAUUGUUCAAAAACUGUGCUUAUUUUGAUAAAGGAAUGACUUCAAUAAACAU